AUGAAUCACGGCCCGCAGGAGAUGUAUUAUCCCAUUUCGAACGGCCAGCCUCCGGCACCCCAAACCGUCACAUCCUCCGGUGGUAUGGGACAUUACCCGCAACAGCACCAGCACCAGCACCAGCACCAGCAGCCCCCGUUGUUGCAACCGGGGCCGGCGCAAUACUCCCCGGCGCCGCAUCCAUACCCCCAAUAUGGCUACCAAAACGGUCUGACCUCCCCGCAAUCCGCAGGCCACCAGGUUUCGGGCGCGAUGGGCCCGCAAGGAAAUGUGUUGCCCUUGCCAGCCAUUGGUCAACCGAUGCCGGGCCCCGGGUAUGGCGCGGCGCAACCCGGAUUUGAUACUACGGGACAAGUCGCUCCUCCGGGCAUGAAGCCGAGGGUCACGGCGACGUUGUGGGAAGACGAGGGCAGUCUGUGCUUUCAAGUCGAGGCGAAGGGUGUUUGCGUUGCCAGACGCGAGGAUAACCAAAUGAUCAACGGGACGAAACUGUUGAAUGUGGCUGGCAUGACGCGAGGCCGCAGAGAUGGUAUCCUGAAGAGUGAAAAGAUGAGACACGUGGUCAAGAUUGGCCCCAUGCAUCUCAAAGGAGUCUGGAUUCCAUAUGAUCGAGCUCUCGACUUUGCGAACAAGGAAAAGAUUACGGAAUUGUUAUAUCCUCUGUUCGUCCAUAACAUCGGGGCUCUCCUGUAUCAUCCCACAAACCAGACUCGGACGAACGCGGUCAUGGCAGCUGCCGAGAAGAGGAAGCUGGAGCAAAACCAGAUGCGAAAUCUUCAAGCGCCAGGCCUUCCAUCUCUCCAUCAACACCAUCACCAUUCUAUGAACAGCUCGAUAGGCGGUUCCCUGCCUGGCUCCCAACACUCGAUCGCGCCGCACCCUAAUGUAGGCCGUCCAGGAAUGGAUAGAGCGCACACAUUCCCAACUCCGCCGACAAGUGCUUCGAGCGUAAUGGGGAACAUGGGGAGCUCAGACGGCAACUUUCAAUGGGGUCCACCGGGACCGAUGGGUGGUGUCCAAGGUACAAAUUCCCUGUCUAUAGACACGGGUCUGAGCAACACACGUUCAAUGCCAACUACUCCAGCAACGACACCUCCAGGAAACUCGAUUCAGGGUAUGCAACAAUACCAGCAAAGCUCACAGCAACCCUACGACUCCUCGCGGCAGAUGUACUCGGCUCCCCCGCCUCAACAGAAUGCCUACCCGCAAUCUGCGCCGGGUCAGCAAGACAUGUCAAGGUACCCUCAACCAAACGCGUAUAUCAAGAAUGAGAUGGGCCCCCCCACAGGCAGAGCUCCUGAGUCGGAAAAUGGCCACCACGAUCCCAAAGACAGCAACGGCAUGAUCCACCACGGCCAAGGUCAAAACCAGGUUGGGCACAGCCAGGGUGAGGAUGAGGCAGAUCAUGAGCACGAAGCAGAGUAUACCCAUGGAAAUCCAGCAAGCUAUGAUUCCAGUAGAGGACCAUACAGCUACUCCCAUGGCUCUGCCGUAGGCGGUUUACCGGGAGAGCAUACACACCUAUCGCCUGAGAUGACCGGCUCCCCCAACCACCCAGCAUCUGGACGCGCAACGCCGAGAACAGCGUCUGCUCCUCAACCCUACUUCACCAGCCAACAACAAGGAUACAACACCCCUCCGCGAGUUCAGCCGCCAUCCAGUAAUCUUUAUAAUGUAAUCAGUAGUGAGCGUGGAACCGCGAAUGGUAGCACCGGUGGUGACGUGUACGCCCCUCAGCCUGAUAUGGGUAACUCAAUGUCGAAUGGCUACGCCGCACAGCAACCCGUGAUGAACGGAGCCCCAGCCAGUAACAAGCGUGGACGCGAUGACGAGGACGAUGGUCGACCUUCCAGCAGAGGGCCAGGCGGUGAGAUGGACUUGAAGAGACGGAAAACGAUACGCGAAGGAUCCGUCUCUGGACCUCCAAGUUACGAUCCCGCUCCUCUGAACCGCGCCCGAACCACCGUCACCCAAAGACGGCGAUGA